GCUUUAGUGGCGGUACAACAUUUUUUUUAACUGGCUUCAUUCCAGCUCUGUCCGUGAAGUUGUGCACAUCGUUCUUGCGCAGUGUCGUAGUAGUUUACCGGGUCCUUUGUUAGUUUUUCAGUGGAGAAGCAAUUUGUUAGUGAAUUGCAAUCAUUUUUAUAUUCCAUAUUAUCCAAUAGUGCGGCUUACAAAAAAAUUCACCCAAAACCAAGUGGUGUGAAAUUUGUAUAUGAAAGUUGUUAAGCAGUUCCAUUGUGUGAAGAAGCUAUAAGAAUACAGCAGUUGACCGUACUACAGUGUUUGAAGUUUUGAAACCGGCACGGGCUUAUACAUUGUAGAAAUUGUGCUGUUAAACGAAGAAAAUCCUGCUGGGGAGAGAUAAAGAAACGGAAUAUUUGCACGAAGAACUGCACAAAGCAAAAGAGCCGCAAAAAGUGAUCGACAUCAUUCCAUCUGAAGAAGAGGUUUUAGUCCAGACGACUAACUGCACAGACACCAUACAAGUAAUAGAUAGUUCCCGUAGGGAAAAUCGGCAAGAAUAUCUGGAAAACAUUCAGAUAGGAGUCGUGUGUUUGUUAUAACUGCAGUCAACAGAGGCACAUUCGCUACCAAUAGCGACCGCAGCAGAAAUAUGAAUGGCUCAAACUACGAAAUUAACACGAAUGGCGAUAUUCUAUCACAGAACCAGCAGAAGGGUUGGUGGACCAUCGGUCUCAUAAACGGUUUGUACAAGUACAUGACGGCCGAAACCUUCGGCUACAAACUGAAUGCAAACGGAGCUAGUCUGAAAAAGAAACAACUCUGGACACUGGAACCUUCAAACACCGGAGAAAAUCGCUGGCAACCUGGUGCCAACACAAAGCCAGAUGAUAAAGGUAUUAUUUAUUUGAAAUCUCAUUUGGGCAGAUAUCUGUCAGUAGAUUCGUUCGGCAAUGUGCUGUGUGAGUCGGAGGAACGCGAUGCCGGUAGUCGUUUCCAGAUCAGUAUCGCCGAUGACAACUCUGGCCGGUGGGCAUUGAAAAAUGAACAGCGUGGCUACUUCCUUGGUGGAACCCCCGAAAAACUGACAUGCACGGCUAAAGCUCCGGGUAAGGGAGAGUUUUGGAGCGUGCAUCUCGCUGCCAGGCCACAGGUGAAUCUACGCUCUGUUGGACGUAAGCGUUUCGCUCAUCUAUCAGAGUCACAAGACGAGAUCCACGUUGAUGCUAACAUUCCGUGGGGCGAAGAUACACUCUUCACACUUGAAUUCCGUGCUGACGAAGAGGGACGAUACGCACUGCACACAUGCAACAAUAAAUACCUCAACUCAACCGGUAAGCUGGAAACCAAAUGCACCGACGAUUGUCUCUUCAGUGCAGAAUAUCAUAGUGGUCACCUGGCUCUGCGUGAUCGUCACGGAUUGUAUUUGUCUCCAAUCGGAUCUAAGGCUGUAUUAAAAUCACGUUCCCAAACUGUUACCCGUGAUGAAUUGUUUUCAUUGGAGGAUUCACUGCCACAGGCCUCAUUCAUUGCUGCCUUGAAUAACAAAUAUGUUUCGGUAAAGCAAGGUGUCGAUGUGACUGCCAAUCAGGAUGAAAUCGGAGACAACGAAACAUUUCAGUUGGAGUAUGAUUGGUCCGCUCAUCGUUGGGCACUCAGGACAACUCAGGUAGAUCGUUACUGGUGCCUGUCCACUGGUGGUGGUAUUCAAGCUACGGGUAGUCGUCGUUCUGCUGAUGCCUUGUUUGAAUUGGUUUGGCAUGGAGACGGUUCUGUAUCUUUCCGUGCAAACAAUGGGAAACUGCUGUCUACGAAACGCUCCGGACAUUUAUUUGCUACAGCUGACAUGAUAGAGGAUACUACUAAAUUCUAUUUCUAUCUGAUCAACCGUCCAAUUUUGGUUCUAAAAUGUGAACAAGGGUUCGUGGGCUAUCGAGCCCCUGGUAGCAACAAAUUAGAGUGCAAUAAAGCUGUUUAUGAAACAAUUUUGGUCGAACGUGCUCAUAAGGGUGUCGUUUUCUUCAAAGGGCAAAAUGGAAAAUACUGGCGAAUCGACGGCGAAGGUAUAGCCGCUGAUUCGGAUACACCAGUUGAUGGCUUCUACAUUGAAUUGCGUGAGCCAACUCGCAUUUGCUUACGCUCAAAUGAUGGUCGGUACCUUGGAGCAACGAAGAAUGGAACAUUUAAACUGGUUGAUACUGGCUAUGAAACUGCCACUCAGUGGGAAUACUAAAUCAGCAUAAUCUAGUAAUAUCUUAUCGGUUCGGGUAUACUCGCACUCGAAAUUUUAGCAUGUUAGGUUACUCUUCUUCUUACUUUAAAAUUUCGUACCAAGAGUUAGACAAGAAAAACAAUACAACUAUUACCGAAAUAACUGCAAAACGCAAUCAACCUCUCCUAUUCUUUUAAACUGGAUCUUAAAUUUUAUUUGUAAAUUGAAUUAUACUAUUCAUCCUAUUAAAUAAAAAAAGAAUAGAAUAUUUUUACUAGCAGCCAACAAAGAGAAACACUCUUUCACUUACUGCGCUUAUGUUCGUAUUGGGAUUUUUGAUUAUGCAUGAAUCUGCUUUUCACAAUAUCUCAAUACGAUGCUUGCGUAUAUUAUUUAUUGCAAUAUUCAUGCAUCAAAAGCUAAAUUAGUUUAAGUACUUAGAGUUCAUUAAAAAAUGACAUCAACUAUCGUAAUCUAAAUAAGAAAAAUAUAAAAAUAUCACAUUCAUACGAUAAUGCUUUUGUUUUUACAGUAUCUGACUCAUUGAUAAUCAUGAACUCCUAAAACCAACAACAAUCUAAGUAUUUGGUAUCACAAUUAGUUUGCAAAACACCCAAGCAGACAUAUGAUCAUAUUUGAUUCGCACAAAUUUAACGAAGAGGAUAUCUAUUUCAACAUUGAUACUAUAUCCUAAGUUGCCUUAGAUGUUUUCAAAACAAAGCAUCAGUCUUGCCAACUCGAAGCUGAAACUGCCAAAUUAUGGGAAACAGUAAUCCAAAUAACAGAAUGAAUAAAACUCUAGACUAGACUCUAAAAUCUAGUAACAUAACAAUCAAUGAAAAUCUAGAAAACAACGGAGUAACAUUGUAAAGUAUUUAUCUAGUUUUUAUUUCAGAACCACUUAAAAACUUUGUUAGCGGUGCAUGUAUAAUAUUUAUUUAUAGUGAUUUGCGUUUAUCGACAAACCUUGUGUUAUAACAAUAUGUGUUUCGAUAAACCUAGAAACAUACUGUAGGAGGACGAAAGAGUGUAUUGUGCAGCGAGUCAAAUCGAAUGGCACAUUUUACGAGUGGAAUGCUAUUCGACAUAUUUUACGACGAAUUUACGAGGAAAAAUACAAUUUACAGAUAUAUGCAACCGUACGUGUGUAAUCAAAUCGAAUUGAGUAAAUAUGAAUAAUAUA